UACCUGGAAUAGUCGGCGAAGGACGACGAUGGAAUCGGCGGUGGAUCGUGCUCGUUUAAAGCCUGCUUGCCCACUUUUGUGCUUGGCCGCGCGUUGUGGUGAGCGUGUGUGGAGCGCUGUAGGAAGGGGUAAGGGAAGAAGAAGAGAGGAGGGUCGGUCGGCUGCGUGCAGCCAUGGAGCGGAGACCGCGGCGUUGCAUUUAAACGACGAUAAGUCUCGAAGCUUUGAAGACCCCGGUCGGAUGGGAUAUAAGAGGGGCAGGGGGGGGGUUCAACGACCCGUUGACAGCCAGACAGGCGGACGCAGGCCAGACCAGUGUGCAUCACCCCGGCCGGACGAGAGAAAAAGAAGGGCAGCGGAACCACUGAUGUUGAAAACUUGCAUCGCGUUAAUCUACACAAAUGUACACAUCGAUGUGAUUGAGAAAUCGAGGGAAAUAGUUACUAGAUUAGCAUAA